AUGGCGAAAUUUGGCUUACAGUGGUUUAUACUGCUAUGUACGCUUGGCAUAACAGUUGCUAGCGCUCAUCAAGAAUCUUCUACUUUAACUUAUCUGGCUAAAGAGUUAAAUGAAGAACCUGAAGUUUACGAAGUCACAUUGAAUCCCGAUUUCAACAAUGAAGAGUCAAUUGGCAAAGUGUUAGCCGAACGAAAAUCUGGACAUUCUCUUCCUGUAGAAAAUGUAUUUCGUCAACGUAGGGAUAAUAUCAACGUUCAAAACACUGUUGCCUUAAAAAAUGAUUCCAAUAAUGUCGCUUUCAUUUUCUACGUUGGUAUGAAAACGAACAAUACAGAGUUUAUACUCGAGCCAACGAUUGAUUCAGAACUGUUUUAUCCCAGUGUCGGCUUCCGACAGCAGAUAAUUCUAAUUUUAACCUUAUCGAGAAGUGGUAGUGGCCUCGUUACCAACAGUCAUUUUUAUAGGUCGACAAAUAAUGGAGCUCAGUUUGUGAAAUCGAAUUUUUUUAAUGGCAAGGUGGUUAGGUCUUGGACCCUCAACGGACUCGAUCGCCUGAAGGUCAUUUUUAGAGAUGCACGCAAUCCAAGAACAAUAUAUACAACUUCAGAUGCUGGUAAAACCAUUAGUACUGUCAACUUACCUUUUACGGCGUCCACAUUAAGUUACAGUCGUGUAGCAUCGAUUAGUGGCUAUGUUGCUGGAUACGAUUUUACGAAGAAAGCCUUGUACGUCUCCAGCAACAUGGGGGCCACUUGGAAAUCAGUAGCUACUAAUGUAACAAGAUAUUCAUGGGCAUUUGGUGGUGACGAUCCAUACAGAAUUUAUUAUGAGUACACGGACUAUAAUAGGACUACUAUCCGCUAUAUAAAAACUAACACUAUGGCAGCUGGUAUCUUUGACACAAAGAUGGGUCCUGUUGUUCCCUUCAAUUUGAUAGUGUCAAACAACUAUAUUUUUACUUUGAAAUCAGGUUCAGCAAGAAAUAGUACUGCGGAUCUUCUAUACGUAUCAUACAAGCGUAGCCCAUUCCGGGUAGCCAAUUUUCCAGUGACUAUUUUAAACCGGGGAUUUCUAAUAUUGGAAACUGUCGAUAAUGAGGUUGUUAUGGCAGUUAAUCAUAAAAGUAACCUGACCAACCUUUACAUCUCGGAUCAAAGUGGGGCUUUCUUUAGUCGAACUAUUACAAAUAUACUUACUGCUCCUGAUUCUUCAUGGCGAAGGGGCCUAGCUUAUGUCGGCUUUUAUAGAAUCGCGAGCUUACCUGGUUCCUACAUGGUCAGUCAAGUUGUUGGAAAGGCACCCAUUGGCUUUUUUCCACCAUCUGUCACCAAAAUCUCAUAUAAUAAAGGUGGAAGCUGGCAUACAAUAAAAGCACCAUCUACUGAUCGAUUUGGUAAGGCAACUAAUUGCCAAUUGCCUGCAUGUUCCUUGCAUAUCAAUUUCUUUACUGGUGUAGCUAUUUUAAACCGCGGCGUCUACACCAGUAACGCCGCACCUGGACUAGUUCUAGGAUUUGGUAGUUACGGUAAAGUAUUCUCUAGAGCUAAUGCUACACUAUACAUUUCUAACGAUGGCGGAUUUUCAUGGGCGCAAUCUUCUCCGACCAGUAACAUCUUUACUGCACUAGAUCAUGGUUCAGUUAUCUUGACGGCUCAAAGAGGCACCCAACGAAAUCAAACAUUUAUUAGCUACAGUUGUAACGGUGGUAAAACCUUUACCAAUGUCAAGAUUGCUGAUCAAACUAUGACCCUCCUCACAAUUAUUACAGAGCCUGGCUCGAAAUCAUUGAGAGCUAGUGUUUAUGGUUAUUUUCAUAUAAAUAACUACGAAUGGAUAAUCGCCAAUUUAUAUUUCCAACCUUUGUUAAUCCGCAAAUGUAGCGAAAAUGAUUAUAUUAAUUGGACCCCUGCAGAUCAAUAUGGUACCAAAAACUGUCUGUUAGGUAGUCGUAAAGUUUACCAAGUAAAAAAACCUUCGUCUUGUUGCUUUAAUGGAGCUGAUUAUUCACGUCCCGUUAGCAACCAAAAUUGUACUUGUGGUGUAGAAGACUUUGAAUGUAAUUACGGCUUUAAUGCUCUGGCUAAUGGCACCUGCCAAAUUGUGGAGACUUAUCGUAGUCAAUGUGUCAGCAAUACUAGCGUUUUCACUACGUCUGUUUAUCGGAAAGUACCAGGAAGUUCAUGCAUUGGUGGCAAUCAAAAUCAAUAUCUAGCAAAGGAUACUUAUUCUUGUGUUACUCUUGCUAAAUUAUCUGGAAAUGGUCUCGGCGCAGGGACAUAUGUCGGUAUCAUUAUUGGAGUUGUUGUUGUUCUACUUGUUGUAGUGGGGAUAUACAUGUUCAGGAAAAAUAUUGAUGAAAAGUUUUCGAACUUUAGAAGAAGAAAGGAUGAAUAUCUACAAGAGGAUUUGGAUCAUUCUGUUGAUUUUUCUCGGACUGAAAAGGCAUAA